GCUAUGGUACUGAGGGAUAACCAAAAUUGCUGAAGACCAAGAUGGCGGUGGCAUUGUGUAGAUUUUAAAGUCGUUUUUAGUGUUUUUUAUAUCAAAAUAACUACAUAAUGAGAGCAAAAAGGUCGCGUACUUCGUCUGAUGCAACGAGUUCAUCACCUCAGCCUUCUAAGAAGCUUGUCAAAGCAAGCUCCACUACAGAAGAUGAGUCAAAAUCAACCCGAACUCGACCGGCAUCGACUAGUUCAAGCUUGAACACAGGUGCUAGCAGUGGCAGCAGUAAGAACGCUCAAUCUGAGGUUGUUAAAAGCCAAUCUUUCAAGGAUAUGGAGAAGUAUAGAAAGGCAUGCCGAACUAUAAAAAGCUUGUUUGAACAAAUGAAAGUCCUCAAAGACCAAGGCGUUGAAAAAACAGACCCUGGACUGAACAGUCUCCACAUGCAAUGUCUGCUGUCCUUUGUUUCUCUCAAGAAAUGUAAUCGCUCAACUCAGAUACGAAAUAAACAAGCACGAGAAAAAACACAGGAGGCAAAACAGGAAGUUGAUAGUCUACAUCUUCAGCUGCAAAAUUUGCUUUAUGAGAUAACACAUUUGAAGAAGGAAAUUAAUAAAUGCCUACAGUUCAAAUCAAAGGAUCAGGAAAUUGAUUUAGUUUCCGAGGAGGAGUUUUGUAAAGAAAACGGAAAAAAUAUGGAUGAAUUAUUAACAGAAAGUUCACACGAUCGUAUGCUGUCAAGACUUGGCUGGGAACUACAGGAGAGAAAAAGUUUAACAGGAAAGAAGCAAAAUUAUGUUGCUGAAAGAAAGAUGAUAUCACAGGAAAUUCAAACAAAGAAAGAGUUUCUGAACAGCUUGGAGCCACAACUCAAAACUAUUCUUAAGGCUACAUCACCAAUACAAGAAUUCUUGGGUUUACGGUUAGAAAGCAAGAGACUUCAGUAUCAGACUGCCAAGUAUUUGCCAAGGCCACUUUAUGUCCUGUUUGUUCAAUCAAUGGCAUACCAAGAAGCUUGUGAUCCUCAUAUGAUAGUGGAGAUUAUUGGCGAUGUUGAGGCAGCCAAGGCUGUGAUUGAAGAUAAACCAGGUGUUGUUGAUGUUGAUUUUGAUGAAAAAAUUGAAAAGAACGAGGAAGAUGAACCAGAGGCAGAGGAACAACCCAAGAAACGCCAUCAUCGCCGAACUACCGAGGAACUUUGCGGGGAAGAAAAAAUUAAAACGGCCCUCAAAGAACACCCACUGCAGGUCCAGCUUGAGCUGAUAUGCAAAGCCGAAGAGAAGUCGGUUUUGUUGUUCAGUUACAUCCAAUCUCUGAACAUUGUCACGGUGACUGUUUCCAUUUCUUCCACACAACCGGACAAUUCUCCCGUAUUUUCUGGAAGAUCCUUGCUUUCCCCAGAUUCCGUUCUCACGUGUCUCUUCCCCCAGGACUUUGGUGACGUCACGCCAAAUCCAGCCAAUCAUUUUCAACUAAGCAAUCUGGGGGUCAGCGAUGUUGCUUUUCCUAAGCUGAACAUUGGUCAUCCCUACAUCUGGGUACAGAGAAUAUGCGGACUGGAUUUUCCCUCAUUGGACGUGAAAACAGAUAAGGCUCAGGAGGUAGAACCUUCAGUCAGCGCCUCGCACAUGGAGCGCACUAUACAAGCCAUUAAAGCGAGGGUAUUGACUAGGAUUUCUCUGCAAAGUCAAUUUCAUUCCUUGGAGUCCCUGAAUAUACAGUUAAGUGACGAGGGGAGACGUUUAUUUCCUGUCAAGACUUUGAGCAAACUCGAAUCAUGGACACCGCAAACAAUAUCGGAUUUUUCAGAGUUACCGUUUGUCGACCAUAUCACACAACUUGAAUCCAUCUCCGAGAAUGAUCUGCUGUUUCUAGCAACAUUUUUAAAAGACAAAGUGAAGCUGAAGGCUGCUGUCAUCGUCCCUUGUGAUUAUCCCGUGCGGCCACCAUUGUUCACGUUGGCAGUUUCAAACAACGGUUCCUACAUCAAAAAUGACUACAUCAGGGCGUUAGAAACGGAGGUGAACGUUUUCUACGAAGAGCUCUUUGCGGGAGAUUGUAAAGAUAAUAUACUUUCGAAUCAAUUGAGAAGGCUUCAGAUGUGUUUUGAUGUUUACAAUGAUACCAACGCUGCAGGCGCCGAGGAAUUGACGAAUCAUGAGUUUUUGAUCUUGCGAACGAAACGGGGAAGAGACCGGGCCAUGGCGUUGCAGUUUGAUCAAAAUCAUCGCUGUUUUACACAUCGAUGUAAAGAGAUAAACUCCUCAUCGUAAACAUGCUUCAACUUGGAAACAACAUGCAGAGACAUCACGACUCGUAACAUAAAGAAGAAGUUGGACAAUAUUCAAGGUUGGGUCGUCUAUGGAGAACUGCGUGUGCGUUGAGAACACGCAUGGGUAUCUUUUUAAAAUAGAAGUAACUUUCACUGAUUGUUUUAGACAGUCGCAGGGGUUUUUAAUUGGUCAGUCUGGUGCUGUAAGGCAGGCAAUUAAUUUACUUGUUUUUAAAACAGCGCUUCCACAAGUUAUUUCAGACGUUAGUAUUGACUCCUGUCUCUAUAUUAGUGGCAAUGUUGGAGAAAAUUUCCUUCAGUUGUGGAUGCUCUGUUUUAAAAAGUGUCAACAUUACAAAUUCUGAAUAAGAAGAUAUUUUUCUCUGUAAAAGAGCAAUCAAAAUGUGUGUAUUUCUAG